GUGUUUACUAAGGGUGGGCUCGGCAGAGAUGGGAACUGCUGGCGAGAGUCCGGCAUGGGUUCGUGUUCAGAUAGGGCCACGCCUUCCAUGUUGUUCAGGAACUCUGGUGCUUUUAUUCGGAAGGGCACAGUCGAAAAUCCGUCGUCGAAGUAAGAAGCUCCAAACUCAGAUGCUAUGAAGUCGAACGUCUCCGUUUGAGAUCUGAAUUGGUAAUGGCGUCCAUUUUGAGAGACAAAGAAGCGUACGACAGAAUGAACUAUUUGUACCAGGCUGCGCACUGUGUCUUAUCUCAAAACCCAAACAACGUGGAGUUGGCUCGGUUCUACUGCUCCACACAGAAAACGAUAGCAAGACGGCUGGUUCUCAGGCAAGACCCAUCAGUGAAGAGAACUAUGUGUAAGAAAUGCUGCUCACUGCUCAUCCCCGGUGUUACUGCCACAACAAGACAGCGUAGAAAAAACAAAAAGAAUCGCUUUACUGUAGUGAGGUGUCUUGGCUGCGGCCAGACCAAGAACCUACUGAAUAAUCCAGAUCAUUGUUUGUGGGCGGACCGACCCGAGGCCCUGCUGGAGCAGCGGGAACAAUCUGAUCCAGGUCCAUCAGCUAAAAAUCAGCCCAAACGCCCAAAAGCUGAUGGUUCCAAGUCUUCGAAAAAACGCAAUUCUCAGAGUUCUACCAGGAAAUAGGUUGUUUUUUUUUUAAAUAGAAAGCAUACUUUGGAUAAAUCCUGACAAUUUAUUUUUCAUUUAAUUUAUUUCACUGAAUACAUGCUGCAAAUUGCACAUUUCUUCCACAAGUUUUUUUGUCUAAAUAUAGACAACGAAGACGAAGAUACAUUUUUUUGUUUUGUUUUUAUUUUACAUUUUUUCCAAAUGUUUCACAUAAUGCAUCCAUUGCUGUUCAGUUAAAGUAAACCUCUUUCUGCCAUUGAC